GGAUGUUUUGGAGACAAGGUGAGGUAGGCAAGAUUGAGAUGGUUUGGACAUGUGCAGAGGAGAAAGACAUGCAAGUGGGUCAUUUGAAAGAGGCAGAUAUAGAGGACAGGGUUGUGUGGAGACGGAUUAUCGGCUGUGGUAAUCCCUAAUGGGAGCAGCUAAAAGAAGAAGAAGAAGGAGAAGUUUGUGGUCAGUGAUCAGGCUGGUUGCAUUGAUUGUGUUUGAUUUAUUAAAUCAAAGUAUUCCUAUAACCAAGAAUCGUUUGUUGGGGCUAUGCUUUAACAGAAAGAUGGCAUUUGUCAUUAUUUACGGGUAUAUGGUUUUUUAAUGUCAUUCUAUUUAAGCACCACUGUUGUAAAUUGAUCAAGGAAACUGAUUACAUUUAUAUUUUAUAUAUUGGGAUACCCGUGCUGGGGUGGCAGAUGGGGAAGCAAUUCUUAUUUUUGUGCCACCCUGAUAGAUCCGCCGUUGCAACAAUAUCAAUAUUAGGAAAGAGUGAGUGAGAGAGAGAAAUUGUCAUAACUGUGCUAAGGUCAAUGUGAACGUUGAACUUGAACAGAGGGAAACCCGCGAGCUCUGAAAUUUUGCCUGCCUUCCGAGCUUUCAUCCGGACUCACAGGGUUAAUGAAACAAACCUUAGACAAUGUGGAAAAUUAGGUUUCCUGUAUUUCAAGUCAUACUGUUUAUUUUCACUUACUCAGGUAGUCUAUUUGUUUUGUUGUUGUUGUUGUUUUGUUUUGUUUUAUAAGCAACAACAGUGUUUUUAAAGAAAUGUGUUACAUAUACAAUAGUUUUUUCAAACACAGCUGUUAAAUCUAUGCUUUCUGACAUUUGCACUUGUCAAUUUAACGUAUUUAUUAUUUUAUAUCGUAUGAUAAAUUAACAUUAAAGUUAACUAAAUGUGAUAUUUUUUUCUUAAAACCCAAAGGGAUUCUUUUUUUGAACCACAGAGUUGCAGAAGAAUAAUGAAUGGCCAAUGAUGGGCAUUUAAAGAUCUAGCACCACACCAAUAACCAAAUUGUAUUGCAAUUUAUUCUUACCAAUAAUUAAAUGUAAAUUUGUCCAGAUUUCCGUUUACUCAAAGAGAGAGUAGUUUCUCUGAUCAUUUUCGUGCAGCAAACAAUUUUCCCAAACCCUGAUUACUGCACCUUCAGUAUAGGUAACUGCUAGUCUGCUCACAUGAACUACCUUGGCAGAAUUUCUGCAAUAUUUUUCUCAUCUAUAAAUAAAGAAUAAACGCUAGUUAGUUCUCUGAUUUGAAUACACGCUGCCCAUUAGCUCAUUGUUAGUCCAUCAUCUGUCUGUUUUAGUUCUGGAAAAAAUAAUCCUUAUUCGCCAGUUCCUCCAGGUGCAGCACGGGUAGCAUUAUUUUUAUUGGACUUCUCUGUAUAAAUCCCGCCCAAAACUAUUAUAAUUUUUUAAAACCAGUGAUUAGCCCUUCGAGGAGUAAUUUUCCACUUUAAAUCAUCAUGGGACAGGCUGAGGCACGGCCUACCUCACAGUGUUAUACGGAUGGUGCAUGUAAAGGAUGCUGAGUAUCACUCCACCAUACCGCCUUCCUGACACACACAUAUUGAUGACGUAGUCAGUACUCAGCAGAACGCGAGUCCGCGGGAUGGGGCCGAUGGAAAAUGGCGAGUCUGUGUAAACGUCAACAAUGUACCAUCAAAUUACAUGGUUUUCGACAGGAACUUGACUCGUGGAGGCAUAAGCUUAUUCAAUGUGUAGCAGACCUUCCGAGCUUCUUGUAUCCCCUCAUCACUCCAGCUUCAAAGGAGAUUGUGCAGUGUAUGAUUCAAAAGCUUGCCUUGGAAUAUACCUCAAAAAACUGUUCAGCUCAGGAUUUACCACUUUUCCAAUCAGUACUUAAAAGCGCCACCUACCAAAGCCUGCAAAAGCACCCUUGUUAGACCCCAGACUCUGGUACCAUCAUUGCUGCCUCAUCACAGAAUUCUGUCCUUUGCAAAGGUUUCAUGGCUGACCAGAAUUCUCCACUGGACCUCACAGUUAAGAAGACUGGUGAGUCCAGUAACCAAGAUGGAGUCCUGGAUCUGUCAACCAAGAAAAAACAAAGCAGGAUCAGUUUUGAGCACUCCCAUGAUUUCUCUGUUAUACCUGUUGUAAAAAGGCAACCAGUGAUCACUGAUCAAACCUACCAUGAUAUUCAGGAUAAGGAUGGAUUGCUACUACAGGGCUUGCAACAUGGCAUUUGGGGGAACCAUACUUGCUCUACCCCUUUUAAACCUCUACUUUCCAAAUCACUAUUUAUAAAGGAGGAACUCCUGAGUAAGAAGCAUCGCUUUCUUGGACAACCAUCACCUCUUUCUUUUUCCAGCUUAGAGGCGGUAGGUUUUCUUAAUUCCAAUCAAACACAUCCUCUCCUGUCUCCUGACAGCUUUUGGGAGAAUCAGCAACUAAAGGGUGUGCUGGAGUGUAAACCAGCCAGCAGCUAUUUUGGUGAUCUAAAGAACCAUCCGCUUGUUGUAGAAAAAAAUGGAACCUUCAACAAAAGUACCAGUGCCUGCCAUAGCAAGUCCCUUGAUAUUAUAGCCAUUACAGCAAAGAAAGAGACAAAAAACUCACCUCCAUUUGACUUAAAGAUUCCACAAGUAAAGGGUAUGGAUCUUUCCUGGAACUCUAGUGGCAACAUUUCUGAUGCUUAUAAUUAUAGAUCUGUCACAAUGGGUAGUGUGCAGAUAGAUAAUUCUCUCAGCAGGAGGCUUAGGGCUAUUUUGCCUAAACAGAGUAGUAGAGCUGCCUUGGGAAGUUUUUCUGAUGUAUGUGGAGGGAGUGAUAAUUUAGGAACUGACACUGACCAAUUGACAUCUGGACCUCAAUAUCCAACUUCAGAUCCAGAAGCAGAACCAACAGUCUCCAAGCAGCCACGCAGAAAAAGGGGCAGGUAUCGGCAGUAUAACAGUGAGAUCCUUGAAGAGGCUAUUGGUGUGGUGAUGAGUGGAAAAAUGAGUGUUUCAAAGGCACAGAACAUUUAUGGUAUUCCUCAUAGUACCCUUGAGUACAAGGUGAAAGAGAGAAUGGGCACACUGAAGAACCCACCAAAAAAGAAGCUUAAAAUGAUUAUGAGGAUAGAUAGACUAAACUCUGAAUUUAGUACAGACACUGAAUGUUCAUCAGCACCAACUGCCUCAUCCAGCACAUUGCAAGAGGAUGUAUAGAGGUGCUUAAAAACAAAAUUAAUUCACCACAUUGGAACAAACGUAAAUAUUAUUGUCAUACAAACAUGGAUUUAAAUGUGCCUAUUUCCAUUGCAGUUACUGGGUGAGCUCAACCAAAAGCAUCCAGUACAGUGGAGGAUGAACAGUAGCCAACAGUGAUCACUCCAAAAAAAUGGUUGGGGUUGUUUUUAAUCUCACAAGCAUAACCAUUAUUAAAGCUACAAGGGAGCAUAUUUUGUGUAUGAAAAAAUUGCCAGUACUUGCCCUAUUUUCUGCUAGCCCCUAUGUUCAGCUGUAGCCAAUGUUAAAAACAAACAACAACAAAAAAAACAAAUUUUUUUGGGCCAGUAAAAUAGGUUAAACCAAGUAAGGCAGAGGAAUGACACAAUUCAAUUAAAAAAUGAAACUGUGUCCCUCAAUUCUUUCUCUUAUACUGCAGGUUAUAUACUUUAAUAAUUGUAACAAAAGUUUAAAGUCUGCAGUGAUUUUUAUUGAGUAUCUGAUGCUAAUGUGGGUGUCUGUGUGAGUCUGUCUGUUUGUCUAUAAAGCUAUCUAUUUUUUAUUUUCUUUUACAUUAACAAGCCAUGUUACUGUGGAACAUGUUGCUUUAGGAAAAAUAGUAAUUCAGGGAUGAAAGAUUUGAGUAUUUAAAAUGGUUAAUUCUUUUUUUUAUUGUUUUAAUUUAGUUUGUACUGUACUUUUAGUCUGGGACUUGCCAGAUACUGAUGAUUCUGAUGAUGAUAAGAUUUUGUGACCUGAUUACCUCAGCAUUAUUUGCAUUAUACACUUAAUAUUCUCACAUAUACUAGAGAUAUUUCCUCCCAUGAGAGCCUUGCCCUAAAUCGAUAUGAAAUUUCCCAUCUGAAAGUAUUGGAAUGGCAUGGCCAAGUCUUUUGUUUUUAAGCUAUACACUGAAAACAUGUGAGAUCAGAUCAAAAACUUAGCCUUCAAUUUCUGUUAUUUAACUUAGUUUUUGCUUUUUGCUUACUGUUUAAAAAUUAAUAGCUCUGAAAGUUUAGUGUGGGUUAAGUUCUAGGUUUCACCUGUGAUGACUGAAUUUGUUACAAAGAAUAAAUCAACAUGAACACUGGAGUGUGUCUAUGUAAGAAAAUCAACGUGAGGGCUGUCAAGAAAAACUUAACAGUCACUGGCAUCACCCUCAACUUCUCCAGGAGAUGGCUAAAGGUAAUCUUAUCCAAUUUACAAUUUACAAAGAAGUUCAUUCAAUCUAAUAUGGAUUACUUCAAUGUGAAAAAAAGAUAAUGUCCCAAAAAACAUACUACUAACACAAGAAAUGACUGGCUAAAUCAAUCACUAAACUUCAGCCUAACUGAGUCAUGACACCUACUGAAAUGUGUGCAGAACAGAGAAACUACCUGAAUCGAACAACAGCAUAAAGAAGCUUUGAAACAUGCUUGGGAAAGCAUCACAAAAAAAAUUGGGGAUGUCAGUGCAGUCACAAUUUGAUGCAGUUACUGCAAAAAAAGGAUAUGCAACUAAAUAUUAAGCAUUAUUUACUUUUAUUUACUUUCAGAUUGUCUGAUACAAUAUUUUAGUUUACCUAAUAAAUAAGUGGUUUAGCACUAUUAUUUUAUGCUGUUUAAUACAUCUUUAUAUCUGAAAUAUUAAUAUUUAUAUAAAUAUCAGGAAAUAAAAGCUGUUUCUUUUCUCAACCAAAAUUCGAAUUCUGCUUUAAAUUAAAAGACACCCAGAGCUAUUAAUUGUUUAUGAAACAAUUGACUACCUGGUUAACAGUGUUCUAGUUAUUUAACACAUCCAGAUAUAAAUAGCAGAAAAUGAAAGCUGAGAUUGAUCUAUUGUGGCAUUCACCUUUUGAUCUCAAACACAAAUUUCUUCAAUGUUCAUUAAAAUGUAAAUAUUUGUUAGCCGUUCCAUUAUUUUUUGGACAGAACUGUUGUUUUUACUGACAUCUUUAUUGAGAUUGGCAUAGAUUCUAAGUGUGCACCAAGUGAAAUAAAGGUGCAAAUAGUACAUUAUAGUUUUAUGUUCAAAUUGUUCUAAUAAGGAUAAGAAAUCCACAUCUGUACAUUAUUUUCCAAUGAAUCUCAUGAUAACUGAUAUAUAUCAAUAAUAUAACAAAAAUAUACAUUUUAUAUUUAAAUUAAGGUAAAAAUCGCCACACCAUCUGUUCAUACUAAGACUGUACUUAAGGUGUCAAAUCUACUGUAGCUAAGCCAUUGAUAUAUAUAUUAUAUAAACUGACACAUAGGGAACUAGACCUUAAAUGAUUGUUUGAACGUUUAUCAAGUAACCUCUGAGAAUAGCACUUUUUGUAAAUAAAAUUAGAAAGCAUGUGAUUAUUGUAUAAGUUACAGUAGCAAGUUAGAUAAUGGUAUAUGAAGACAGAGGGAGGAAACUUAUUGUCUUUAAAUAACCAAAAUACUGCAGCUCUGACCCAAACUUAUCUACUUUAAAUUAUACACUGGUUGACAACUUGAAGUAGUGUGUAAUGUAUUUGUAGACUUAGUUUUAUGAAAACAACCCAGUAUAUUACUAUGUGCUAUUUGUUAGUCCGAGUAGCUUUUUUUCCCCUUGAAAAUCACUUUGAUACAUGUAUGUUUUAUGCAUUGCUGUUAUUUACUUAUUCAGUUUAAUUAUGUAAUUAAAUGGCAUGAAUCCAAUGCUUUAAAUGUAACCCAAUUUUAGCUAUAAACUUUGCAUGCAGUAAAUGUAGUUUUUUUAUUUGAUGUUUUAGUUGUAUCAUUACAUUAGUGAACCCUCCUCUCUCCUCUAAUGGAUUUCAAGCUUUCCAAUGCUACAUUAAUAUGAAUGUAUUAGAGCUUUAACAUGGUUUAACAGGUUUAAAAACUUUGUGUUGCAUUUUCUAACACAGUACAGCUGUAGUCUUCAACAUUUUGUAUCUCAGGACAAAUAGAACUGAAGGGCCUGCAGUAUUUGUCAUAGGAUGACAGACUUCUCUGUAUUGGUUGUAUGCAGAAAAACAGAACAAAUACAGACAUACUGUAGCUGUCUUUUUGCAACUGCUAUACCUCAGCUGUGGAAAGCACAUACUGUACAGUACAUCUUACAAAAGUGAGUACACCCCUCACAUUUCAGCAACCAUUUUAGUAUAUAUCUUCUCAAGGGGCAAUACUAUAGAAAUUAAAUUUGGAUAUAUUUUAGAGUAGUCAGUGUGCAGCUGGUAUAGCAGUACAGAUGUCCUCUGAAAAUAACUCAACAUACAGCCGUUAUUGUCAAACAAAAUUGGCAACAAAAGUCUAUUGGCAACAAAAAUGAGUACACCCUAAGUGAUAACAAAUCUACCAUGCUAUUUAACCAUGCAAAACCACAUGUCCUAUUCAUCAUGUUUGUUGAAUGUCUGUUUGACAGGCUCAUACAAAUUUGUGUAUUUUGUAUUAUAUCAGAUUUGGUGCUCUUAGUACAAAUCUAUUGCUGAAUGUUCAAAAUGGCACCUCAUGGCAAAGAACUCUCUGAGGAUUUGAGAAUUAGAAUUGUUGCUCUCGACAGAGAAAGAAGAUCGGUAACAUCCUGAAAUUGAGUUACAGUACAGUGGUCUGGGACAUACACAGCUUUUCCAAGGUUCCACUUAGAACAGGCCUUACAAGGGUUGAUCAAAGAAGUCCUCGUUCUGUGCAUCAGGUGCAGAUGCUGGUUUAAAAAACAGACACACGAGUGCUGCCAGAAGUGAAAGGUCCGCUUGUCAGUGCUCAGACCAUACGCCGCACACUGCAAUAAGUCAGUUUGCUGAAGUCAACCUGUCUAAGAUCAUGAAUUACAGGAACCAGGUCCGGUGGUCUGAUGAAAUAAACUUGUUUGGCUCAGAUGGUGUUCAGGAUGUCGUGUCGCCCUUGUGAGGAGUACUAAGAAAAUUGUGUCUUGCUUACAGUCAAGCAUGGUGGUGGUAGUAUCAUGGUCUGGGGCUUCAUGAGUGCUGCUGGUACUGGGGAGCUGCGUUUCAUUGAGGGAAACAUGGAUUCCAACAUGUAGAGUGACAUUUUGAAGCAGAACAUGAUGCCAUCCUUCAGGAGCUGGGCUGAUUGGCAGUUUUCAUGACCAUGAACCAUGAACAUGAAAACAACCCCAAACACACUGCCAAAAUGACAACUGCCUUGCUGAAGGUGAAGCUGAUGGAGUGGCCAAGUAUAUCUCCAGACCUGAACCCCACUGAGCAGCUGUGGGGCAUCCUCAAGUGCAAGGUGGAGAAAGCUCCAUGUGUCUUCCAUCCAGCAACUCCGUGAUGUCAUUCUGGAGGAGUGAAAGAAGAUUCCAGCAAGAACCUGUGCAGCUUUGGUGAUUUACAUGCCCAGGAGGAAUAAAGCAGUGCUGGAUAACAAUGUUGACACACAAUAUUGACACUUUGAACACAGUUUUGACUUCACUUAGGGUGUACUCACUUUUGUUGCCAGCUAUUUUAAAAAUAAUGGCUAUAUGUUAUUUUUAGAGGACAGGUAAUUUGUACUGCUAUACAAGAUGCACAUUGACUACUCUAAAAGGUAUACCCAAGUUUAAAUUUUAUAGUAUUGUUUAAUGAGAAGAUAUACUGAAAUGGUUGCUAAAAUUAGUUUUUGUUUUGUUUUUACUAAAAUGUAAUCCUUACAUUUGAUUUAAUGCCUACAAUUCACAACAGGAGUUUGUGGAAACUGAAAAUGUUAAACUUUGGUUGUAUAUAGUGUACAGUAUGUUUAUAUGGUUGAAACAGUGAGUCUUUUUGCAUAUUACACUGAAUAACAAAAUUCUCUGCCCUUACCUCACUUUCUAUAGCAUAUAUUGUACCAUUCAUUUUGCUGUAAACUUAAUUUUAGAUCAUUUUUUGAGUUUUGCUGCAUAUCUAUUUACCUCAGGUCAGACCUCUCCAGUGCUGCUAAUUGUACAAAUCAGGACUUUACAUUACUGUAUAUUGUGUUUUGAAACAUUUCUGUUGUAUUUUUAAACUUGGAUACUGUUUGAGUGGUGUUUUUAUAAAGGUCUUUUUCUUUAGUAGAAUGUCAUUUUAAUACCUGUUUGAAUAAACCCAUAAACCCAG